CUUCUCUCUCUCUCUCUCUCUGUUUUACUCUGUUUCUCUCUGCUCUCCCUCUCUUUAUCUCCCAGUUCCACGAAAUUUCUCCGUGUUGCAGCCUUUACUUUUCUUGACUGAUAAAUAGCAUUUUGAGUUAAGAACAUGCAUGUAACUUUCUAUUUGCUUCGUUGAACAUUCAAUGGCAGCAACGGCGCCUACAAGGUGGCUGUACAAGUUGUCGUAGUUGUAUAUAUAUCGUUCACUCUGCCACUGCCGCGUUUGGAUGCCGGAAAAUUCCAUUGAGCAGAAGGAAAACAGAUUGAACCCAUAAGAAACAGAGUGGUGCUGCUUGAACUGUGAGCCCGGGAAGCGCUUACCAGAGCUACCAUGCGGAAAGUUAAAAUUUUGGUUUCGUGUUGUUUCGCCUUUGUUCAUUUCUAGCUUGAAUUGCGCAUGCAUGGCGGACUGUAUGUGCUUUUAUGCUUUAACUGAACCUAAGAGAACCACUUGUUGAGGUAUUUUUAUUGAUCAUUGGGUUCGAAGGCUUCUCUUUUUCCUUUCUUCAAUCCUUAAUUUUCUCAGCAACCGAACAGGGAGCCGUAUUUGCUUUUAUAAUUUCUCGUUCGGGUUAUUUUCCGGCUUGGAUUUUACAUUGAGGGGAGUUUGGUUUGCGAAAUCAAAAAGAUUUCUACGGAAUCGGGAAAGGGAUGCUUGCCCGGAAUAUUUUUGUUGGAUUCGUGAUGUUAGAUUCCCAAGAAUUGAUAGAAGUUUUAUCGAGAUGUUGGUGGUGGGUCUGCUAAACAUUCUAAUGAGGGCAUGAUGGUACUUGGUAGUAGGAGUUCUAAAAAAAGAAAAAAAGAAAAAAAAACAUGGAAGCAUAAUAGGAUUGGCCAAGAAGUGGGGCCUUGUCUGUUCCUCCCCACCAGCCAACCCCGACUAAAGAAAAAAGAGAUUUUGUAUGACGCCGAAUGCUCGGUGAUGCAGCCUCGUCCCAAACUCCUCUCCUUCCACUGCGAUGGCUGAACUUCGGAGCCGACAACGGCCGAAACAGCCACUUGAAAAACCUUCUUGGUCUGGAGUUCACGCUUGCGACCGCCAGAGAUUUCUUCCAAAACAGGUUGUGCGUUGGACUUGGAUUCUAGAAUUGAAAGAUCGGCUAGCACUUCACUGACUUAAACCUCCUCUUUCUUCUCUCCAUUGGUAAAAAGGUGCUGAGGCUUUGGGAUCUUUUAUGCUUCUCGCUCCUCUUUACUGGCGUAAGAGUUAGGCUUCAGAGGUUUCAAAGUGCACAUCCCCAUGACGCAAGCUAGAAUCACAAUCUAGGUGCUCGCAUUCACGGCAUUAUUUGUAGAAGAUCAAGUGAAUAAUCCAGAGUCUAUAGAUUCAUAAGGUGGAGUGACUUCAUGGAAACUAGCCCUUCUUCGUCUUUUCUUCAGAGAGAGAGAGAGAGAGAGAGAGAGAGAGGGAAUGACUUCAGAAAUGGAAGAACACUCACAAGAGAAGAGAGCCAAAGAGGUGAGCUAGAGAUGCAAGCCAAGCUAGGCAAAUGCCCUAGUGAUGCUGCCCCAUCCCCAUCCGUGGCCCAGUCCAGUCAGUUGAAUAUUGGGCCUUGAUUUUUAGCAGGCGAAAAACAAAGUGCAUCCAAUUUAAAGGUCUGACUCCACUUAUUGGGCAGUUGGACAGUGCACAGAAAAUAAGCAGGAUUUAUGGAUAAAUCUGUAAGGUUUCAGGAUAAUAAUUCAGAGAGGUCUCUAGGUUCUGAGCAGCAAUAUUCCACUGAAAAUGGAUUUUCUCCCAGGAUUGGAAGACCAACUGGAAGAUCAGUUGUCAGGAGUAUCUGGAUAGGAUUUGAGAGGUGUUUUGAGAGGAUCAAAAGCUUGAGGAAACCAUCAAGACUUGAUUGUCUAAGUGAUCAACUGGAAAAAGAAUUGGUUCCCAGGAAGAAAAUUCUUGAAUCUCUGAGUGAUCGGCCAGGAAAAGUAUUAACUUUGAGGAAGAAAAUUCUUGAUCCUCAGGGACGAUUUCUUGAGUCUUGGAAUAAAAUAUUUGUAUUCUUGUGUGUGAUUGCGGUGUCCCUGGAUCCACUGUUCUUUUACAUCCCAGUGAUUGAUCAUGAGCAGCAGUGCCUUAGUUCAGACAAGGCGUUAAAGAUAACUGCUUGUGUUCUUCGUUCAUUUACUGAUAUAUUUUAUAUUCUUCAUAUUAUCUUUCAAUUCCAUACUGGGUUUAUUGCUCCUCCAUCUCGAGUUUUUGGAAGAGGUGAAUUAAUAGAAGACCCUCUGGCUAUUGCUAAAAGAUACUUGUUCUCCUACUUCAUAAUUGACAUUCUAUCAAUUCUUCCCCUGCCACAGGUGGUACUUUUAGUCAUCAUCCCCAAACUGAGAGGUCCUGUUCCAUUGGCUACAAAGGACUUGCUGAAGUUUGUAGUUUUCUCCCAGUAUGUGCCAAGAAUUAUUCGGAUUGGCCCAUUAUUGAAAGAAGUAACAAGAACUGCUGGCAUGUUUACUGAAACGGCAUGGGCUGGAGCUGUUUUCAACCUCUUCCUCUAUAUGCUAGCCAGUCAUAUUGUUGGAGCCUCUUGGUACUUGUUCUCAAUAGAGCGAAAAGAUACGUGCUGGAGAGAGGCAUGCAAGAGACCUGUCUGUCACCAUGAAUAUUUAUAUUGUGGAGCAAAGCGACCAGGAGACACUUCAUUUCUAAGUGUUCUAAAUGCUUCUUGCCCUCUUCUUGAACCAGAAAAUAUUAAAGAUCGGAAUGUCUUCAACUUUGGAAUGUUCUUUGAGGCUCUUCAUUCUCGCAUUAUAGAAUCAGAAGAUUUUCCAAAAAAAUUCUUCUUCUGCUUUUGGUGGGGCUUGCGAAAUCUUAGUUCUCUUGGCCAAAACAUCAAAACAAGCACUUUUGUUGAGGAAAAAAUCAUUUCCAUUUUCAUUUGUGUCUUUGGACUGUUUCUGUUUGCAUCACUUAUUGGCAAUAUGCAGAAACAUAUCCAGACCAACUCUGUUAGGGUGGAAGAGAUGAGAGUGAAAAAGCAGGAUGCAGAAAAGUGGAUGUCUCAUCGGUCACUGCCUGACCACCUCAGGCAGCGUAUUAGGCAACAUGAACAGUACAAAUGGCAAGAAACUAGAGGUGUAGAGGAAGAAACCCUGAUUCGUGGUCUUCCUAAAGACCUCAGGAGGGAUAUUAAGCGUCAUCUGUGCUUGGAUCUACUCAUGAGAGUUCCCAUGUUCGAAAAAAUGGAUGAAAGACUAUUAGAUGCAUUGUGUCAUCGCCUCAAGCCAGUUCUUUACACAGAAAGGAGCUUCAUACUCCGUGAAGGGGAUCCAGUUGAUGAGAUGCUUUUUGUGAUGCGAGGCAAUCUCUUGACUAUGACAACUGAUGGUGGAAGAACUGGUUUCUUCAAUUCUGUCCAUCUAAAGGCUGGUGACUUCUGUGGAGAAGAGCUUCUUACAUGGGCCUUAGAUCCCCACUCCUCCUCAAAUCUCCCCAUCUCUACAAGAACAGUGGAAGCUCUCACCGCAGUUGAAGCAUUUGCUCUAAUGGCUGAUGACCUGAAGUUUGUGGCGUCCCAGUACCGGCGUCUCCAUAGCAAGAAGCUCCAGCACAUCUUCAGAUUCUACUCACAGCAGUGGAGGGCAUGGGCAGCCUGUUUCAUACAAGCAGCUUGGCGCCGGCAUUGCAAGAGGAAGCAUGAUAAUUCUUUCCACGAGGAGGAAGAUUGGCUGCAGGAUGCUUUGGCAGAAGAGACUGGAGCUUCCCCAAGCCUUGGAGCCACUAUUUUUGCAUCAAGAUUUGCAGCAAAUGCAUUGCGAACUUUGCGGCGCAAGAGUGUACGCAGUAAUAGAGUGCCUCAGAGAUUACUGCCACUGUUGCCUCCGAAACCAGCUGAGCCUGAUUUUACCUCUGAAGAAAAUCAUUAGUAAGGUGUAAUACUUACCUUUCUUGAGGCUAUCUUUCAUAUGUAAGCCUACUUUCAGAGGUUCUGUAUAUAGUACCUAUAUGUGGUGUAAAUCAAACUUCCUCCCUCUGUAUUUUUAGUUAAAUAUUGUGCUCAGAACCUAAGUAAACAUUCUUCUUAGAUUGUAUAGAAAAGCACUGCAGUUGUCUGGACCA